GAAACGUUGGCAUAAUGCGCACUUUUAGCAGCAGAAAGCUGUCCAUUGCUUUGCUCAUUGUUUGCAUAGUGAUCUGGCUUUCAUGGUUGGAAAACGGCGAUGGUUUCUGGAUUCCUUCCGCAAGGGGCCCUGCCAACGACGAGUCGCUGCUCGAUAAUAUGAUCAGAAAUGCUACCUUAGGGUUCGAGAAGAUAUUUGCGAUCGGCUUCAAGGAGCGCACCGAUAAGCAUGAUGCGAUCACUCUGGCGGCAUCAUAUACGGGGUUGGAAGUGGAUUGGCUUGAAGGCGUAAGAGCAGCCGAAAUACCUCCGAAAGCAUUACCAGCUGUAUGGACAGAGGAGAAGCACCGCGAUAAACCCGCCGAGCUCGGAAGUUGGCGCGCCCACAUGAAUGCUUUGCGACAUAUCGUGGAAAGUAGAAUCGGCAGCGCAGUCCUUAUGGAGGAUGAUUCGGACUGGGAUGUGAACAUCAAGGCUCAAAUGGUCGAAUUUGCACGGGGAACCCGGGCGCUUCAGGGAGCCAAGGGUGUCCCAUCUUCCCCAUAUGGCGACGAUUGGGAUAUGCUAUGGCUGGGACAUUGCGGGAUAAAUUCGCGAGGCGAGCCGAAGUUCUACGUGAUCCCUAAUGAUUUGACCGUAACCCCGCGACCUCACCAAAACGAGUUUGUCCGCCCAGGGCUAUCAGAGGACCCGAACUUCGAGAGCCAUCGCCUUGUAUUCUAUGGGGAUAAUGCUAUCUGCUCCUGGGCAAUGGCAUUCACAUACGAGGGUGCCCGUAUCGCCUUAUGUCUAUCAACUUUUCCAAGUUUAAUGGGCACCUGGGCACAACGUGGGCCAGCUUCGCGAGACUCGGAUAUCACCGACGGCGACGAUACGUGGCAUGAAGCAAGCUCCCGUUCUCUCACCUAUAGCACCAUGCUAAACAUUUUACCACUUGCGAAUAACGAAACGACGAUACUCGCACAAUGGGAUGAUGUGCCGGCGCCGAAAAUCGAUCUUGCGACAGUUGAAAUACCCCACGGUUAUUUGUACAUUCCCGAUUCUGCAUGAAUGUCAUAUUGGCUUUGUCUUUAAUCCUUUUUGAUUUCUUUUUUAUUCCUUAUUGAAGCGAUUUACCUUAUGUAUCAAGACAUAUGAUUACUAUUGUGAAAAUUGACGAAAGGUAGACAAAUCAGCAGUAUGAAUAUGGAUUGCCCUUUGUCACUCA